GCAAGAUACACUCCAGUCAUAUGAUUCAGCGCUCAAUCGGCUGCACGGAGUUGGAUGCAGUGUAGCUUCUGAUGUGGGCAUCCAAAACAGUGAUACGCAGUGCUAACGGAUCGGGCCGCUUUGAAUCAUUUGAAAGGCAGAACGUUAUAAUAUAGUGUUGCUGAAAAGAAAGAUGACCACUGAGAAACUGCAGCAUUUUCGGGAGAGAAUCAGAACCGAACUGGAUCGAGCCGUGGAUUUUUGGCUGAAACAUUCUCAUGACAAAGAAUAUGGUGGCUUUUUUACUUGCAUUGGAAAGGAUGGUAAAGUGUAUGAUGAGCUGAAAUAUGUCUGGUUGCAAGGCAGACAGGUCUGGAUGUACUGUCGGCUGUACAGAACAAUGGAGCGAUUUCACAGGCCUGAAAUUCUAGAGGCUGCCAUCUCAGGAGGGGAGUUCUUGCAAAAAUUUGCUUGGGUGCCCUCUGCUGGCAGCUCGGGGAAGUGUGCUUUCUGCCUGUCCAGAGAUGGCCGAGCAGUGAAAGUGCAGAGGACUAUCUUCAGCGAGUGUUUCUACGUCAUGGCCCUGGAUGAACUGUCUCGUGUCACUGGAGACCAGAAGAUGCAGGUGGAGGCUGAGCAGGUGAUGGAGCUCCUGGUUGGCUGGGCGCGAGGGGACUCGGCGGGGCUGGGCCGGCCGGAGCUCCCGGGGGACCCCCCCGUGAACAGCAUGGCCGUGCCCAUGAUGGUGCUCUGUCUCCUGGGGCAGCUGACCGAAGGCCGCCCCCAGCUGGGAGAGAAGUACAGGGACCUGGGGGCCUGGUGUGUGCAGGAGAUCCUACAGCAUGUGCAGAGAGGGGGGACUGCCAUUUUGGAGAACGUCUCAAAGGAAGGAAAGGAACUGCCUGGUUGCCAGGGGCGACUGCAGAACCCAGGGCACGCCCUGGAGGCGGGCUGGUUCCUGCUGCAGUACGCGGUCGCUCACGGGGAGCGGGAGCUGCAGAAGGUGGCGGUGGAGACGUUCAUGGAGCUGCCAUUCCGCACAGGCUGGGACCCGCAGCACGGCGGCCUCUUCUACUUCCUGGAUGUGGACGGGCACUGCCCCACGCAGCUUGAGUGGAAUAUGAAGCUCUGGUGGCCGCAUUGUGAGGCUCUCAUCGCCUUCCUAAUGGCCUAUGCACAGGAUAGGGAGCCCGCACUGCUGGACAGGUUCACUCAGGUGUAUGACUACACCUUCAGCCAUUUUCCUGAUCUGGAGCAUGCAGAGUGGUUCGGGUACCUGAGUCAGCAGGGCAGCGUGGUGCUUGACUUCAAAGGAGGGCCAUUUAAAGGUUUCUUCCAUGUGCCCCGUUGCCUGUAUAUGUGUGAAAGACUCCUGGAUGGCCUCAUUGGACAGUCCUGAGAUCCCUGAGGGCUGAGCGGUUGAAAAGCAGAAAACCCCACUCAAAAAAAAAAUCUAAUAAUAAAUACAUUUUUAUAUAGGAGUGGGAGUGGCGGUGGGUCAAGUGUCAGUGCUAUUUUUUGUUUUUCUGAGAAAUUUCUGGUUUCCACAUGGCGUUAAAAAUAAUUUACUCCAGUUGGUGGUGAGUAAUAUCAAGUCCAGUCCAUUACCUUCUUUAAAAAACCUGGGCGGAGGGGGCUGGGGAUUGGUGUCAGGCUUGCAGUUCUUGUCCUGUGGUCACACCUGUGGUUGUCCGGCUAACAGUUUAACCAGGGAUUUCACAGACCCUUACCUGUGCCAAUAUUGCUUACCUCUGUCUGUACUACCUGUGAAACCAAGACUGUUAAUGCAGCCAUGUGUGUGUUAACAGUCUGAAAUUUUAAUAUGACAAUUUUGCCAAAGAAAACAUUCCAUUCCUCUAAAAACAUGUCCUUUGUGAACCAACUGUAGAGAUUGGUUGGGGGGAAGCAAAGGUGCACAGAUUUAAAACCUUUUCAAAAAUGAAAUUGUUCACUAGUUAAGCAUUGAUUUAAAAAAUAUUUUAAAAUACAAAGGGAAUUCUGUGCUCACCGCUGUACCAACCACCUAGCUGGCUUGCCAGCUAGACAGUUGGCAAGUCUUGAAAGGAUUGCUAGCUUUAUAGUUUGUAAGUAAACUUGGCAUGCUAGACAUGUUCAUUUUAUAUGGUUAAUGUUAAUCAAUUCUUUCCUAAUCUAGCACACACUGCUCAUUCAGAUUGACAAGCAAUGUUUGUUCUGUGUUUAAGAGCUCUGAUCAAGAGUGGCCAACCCUAGUCCUGGAGAGCCACAGGGUCAUCUUAAAAACAACAGCCAUUUUAGAUCAAGUAAACCAGUUGUGGUGGGUUAACUGUGUAGUAAACUGCUUUAAAUGAUCGAUUAAGUGGCGAGUAACACCAAAAAUGGCAGAUUCUGUGGCUCUCCUGGACCUGGGUUGGCCACCUCUAGCUCAGAUGCUUGCAGGGAGAUGGAUGCUAGUGUACUUUCUUAAGUAUUGGCAUCAAAAGAUUAGAUUAGACAGGCAGACUGAGCAUGUUUAUGAUUUUCAUCUUAUUUAGAUAAGUUGAAAUGGUUUUUGUACUGAAAAAUGGCUUUGAGGAAACCAUUUCAGAAUUUUAAGGGAAAUGUACAGUAUUGCUGAAAAUGCACUUUCAAUGGAGGCUUGUGGCUGUUCUGGGCCCAGAAUGAGGUUGCUAUAUUAUAAUGAACUAUACUUUACAUGGACAGCAGAAAUUCUGUCAUUGUAUUCAAAUCUGUUGAUAAUUAAUUAUGUUGGUAUAGGUCAUGAGAAACCAUCUUAAUGUGUAGAAGGUCCAGUGCAUAUUCACUUUAUUUUUAAACAGACUGGGUGAAUGUCAAAGAUCCUGGCAUUAUCGACUAUAUUCUGAGAAAGUGUGUGUGUGCAUCUGUAUGCACGGGAGGGACACAUAUAUUUGUGUUUAUAUGAUAUGUUUCAUAUGUACUGCUUUGUGUUUACAACAUAUCCACAAUUGUCAUCAUUUCAAUCUUUUUUGGCCUAAGAAGGGGGGAAAAAACAUAGAAACGAUCAUCUAUGGAUUUAUCUUUCACUUUAUCUUUAAUUUCAUGAAAAUCUGUGUACUGCAGCAUUUUGAUACAGUAAGAUUUAUUUUUGGUUUUAAAAAACAUUUUACAAUUUUCAAGGUCUUGAUGAACAGUGAGGUGGAUUAGAUGUGUUAAAAAAAUUAAACUCUGAAUUAGCUAAUAUGUCCUGCAGAUCCCUGAAAAACAAUAUACUAUUGGAACACUCCUGUUGCUGUUGAUUCACAAGGAUAAUCAGUGGGGUCUUGGAAAAGUAAAUGCAUUUUAUUAAACAGGUGUUACAGAUGGAAGAGUGGAGAUGGUCUUUUAAUUCAGCCUUCAGUGACUUGAAGUAUAUUUACUGUGUGUUGGGUGUUUGCCCAUAUCUGAUUCACUGUUAAGGUAUUCAGUAUUCUGUGUGUGAUCUUAUCAUCUUGUCAUAGACAGAGAUGUGGAUGUCACUAGAUCAGGACUGUUUGAGUGUUACACUUUUGAACAAAUUACUGCUUUCAUCCAAAAUGUAUAAAUUAUGCAUUGCUGUAAAUCAUAACAUAAUAAUAGAUUUUGUCUUUAACUGUUUUGACUCAUGAAA